AUGGACCUGAUUACGAUUCCUGAGACGCACUAUGGUGCAGUUGUUCAAAUCGACGGACAGGAGCCAUCUGCGGGACCACUGGUCCAGUCGACAAAGAUUUUAUUGCAAGGUGGUACUCGCGACACGCUUUCACCCUCUUUCCGACCGCACAGUACGAGGAAGACGUAGAGACACCUUUGUCUGCCGUCAGAUUUGAACGGAGAGGAAGAUUAUUAAAUGAAGGCGAAAUUUCGAGUUCCAGGUGUAUUCAUAAGUGAAGAAGAAGAGAUGUCGAGCACCGGAACAUACACGAACAUAGGCUAGCUGUGCGACGAGACGACGCAUUAUCACAAGUGGCCGCCCACACCUACGAAAUGCGUCACAAGUUUAACUUCGCAGUCACCAAAGUAGUCGCCCACUCCGGAAACAAGACAAGCCGAGAAUUUAUUGAAGCCUGGGCCAAGGAUGAGAACUCAGUCAAUUGAUUUAUCGAUCUGGCGCCGGCGUAUAGAGCCCUGCGCAGUCGCCUCCAGUCAUGCGUCAUCGGUCAAUUAUUGGCCUACAUGCCUUAUGACUGUCGCUUGCUGUUGCUGCAGCUGCUGCUGCUGCUGCUGCUGCUGCUCCUGCUGCUGCUGCUGCUGCUGCUGCUGCUGCUACUGCUGCUGCUGCUGCUGCUGCUGCUGCUGCUGCUGCUGCUGCUGCUGCUGCUGCUGCUGCUGCUGCUGUUGCUGCUGCUGCUGCUGCUGCUGCUACCUCUGACGAUGGACUCCUGUACGAGUCUGGAAGCUCAGGUCAAUAA